GCUGUUCGUGGCUGCAAUCUAGUCCUCGUGCGGAAAAGCGACAACGCCUCCCAGAGAUGACGACGCAAGAUACGGGGUCAAAGGGACAUAUCAAUCUCAUUUGGGAAAUCCACCUCUCAGGACACACCGGAAAAGGAUGGGAGGUCGGUUGACACCGAGAACAGUGAUUCAGGAAGCCACCAAUUGCUGUCAAAGCCAGUGAAGGCGAUGGCGUUGGAGAAACCACCGCGUGGAAGUCCCGUUGCUGAAGUGGCCAGCAUCGUCGCUGAGGUGCUUGGGAUACUGGUCGACGCUGAAAACGGUCUUGUCGAAAAGCCUACCGCAAGCCUUGAUGCUGCUUUGAUCGACGCCGUGGCUUCAUCUCCACCGUCUAAUCAGCUUUAGGCGCGAACUUCUGAAGCCUCAUCUCCUACCCCAGCCAAAGAGUGCUUUGGCAUGACAGUCUGCGCAUAAUGCAUUGGGCCCAGCACCAAAAUGACCGGGCGCCUACCCGCUACUCUGCUUGUUCCUGGCCGCGAUCUUGUUAUCUCGUCCGCAUUAACAUACCCUGUCCUUGCCCACCAACGGAUUGGUUGUUCUGGCCCAGGCCGGUUGUCUUAACAAGGCCAUUCCCCCUUCAAACCAAACUCUAGAUAACUGGAUACGAUAUCUUCCAGCCACUGACUCAACUCUGCGCCCGGAGCCAGAUCAUCACAGAGCUGCUCCCAGGCAAUAGAUUGUUGAUGCCGUUGAUGAAACAGACCCUCGGACAAUAGGCGGUACGACGAAGGACAAAGGAUUUGCAGGAAGGAGGAAGGAAGGAUGGAACCCCCCGCAAGGAAUGCGACCUUAUUGCCUGUCAUCAAAUGUUCAGAUUGCGGACAAGAUGUUGAUAUGGUAGGCCUGACCGAGCAUCAUUGCAUGGCAGCAACAACGACAACAACACCAACACCUCAAGGUAUACUUCAAUGCCCGACUCUACAGACAAUGCUAUCGACUGACAACCCUAGCUUCAACUAUGCCUCCGCCUCCUCCCCGGGCAGACCCAUCUACGGCCCCGAGGAGCAUGAGACCGCAACGGCCGCCGUUGCCCAGAAUCGAUCCUUCUGUCGGCUUUCGACCUCCAGUCCUCCACGGCGAGCUCACGCCUGCAAGCAGCGGACAUAGCUCACUGAUCUCUCCUGUGAGUGCGACCUCUGGCCCUCGGUCACCAGGGCCUGCCAUCCGCAAAGCAUCAAUACCAGGACCCCGACGCCCACCUUCGCCAGAACUGACGAACCUCGAUUGUGCAUUUCCCCCGUUCCCUCUUCCUUCGAGAGCUUCCACCACACGAAGGCGAGAGAGAUCUGCGACCCAUCGCAGUGAUACAAAACGGUCUAAAUCUCGUGAUGUUAACAAAGGGUUACCAGCGGGGAGCAGACCGUAUCCGCUUGCAAGAGGAGGAUCAGACAAUUCGGUGACAACUCUGGUCAAUGAAACACCAAGACAAAAGCAGUCUCGUUCACCAAGCCCCAGAAGUGGAGGAAGGCGACCUCGGAGCAUGGAAAAGGACAGUCGCCAACAGAACGGAGAAAAACCGCCAGAACUGGAGACGAAGCCACCUGAGGUGAUUUCAGCAAACCAGGGCAAUGGAGUUCCGGAACUUCUGCAUGCAAAGACCUUUUCACCCGAGAUUUCAAGCUCUAUCGCUCGGCGAGAGCCUCCCAACGAGACGCAAAUAGAUCCUGGCCUCAGUGCAUUCGACUUUGGUGACUCGGCAAGCAACAAAUUCGAACAGCAGCCUACGCCGGAGGCCCCUAGACUAAUUGACGAGCGGUCUAGAGCUGGCACCGAGCCGACAUACAGAACCAAACGACCUCCUCCACUAUUCAGCAAUCAGGAGGUCAUGACUUUGGUUAAAUCACCUACGGAACCCCAACCAUCUCCAGUUGGCAGCUUGACAAGAGGGUUGGGCCGAUUGUUUGGCCGACGGCGGUCUCAGUCAGCCGCGUCCCGCCGGGAAGUGGUGCGACAAGCUCUCAGUGAUGAGCCAGAUAUCCACGACGACUACUUUACUGCCCGGAGUCUACUUAGUCCAACUAGUGAUCGGUCAUUCAUUACAGCAGAACCGUCCCCUCUUGGAAUGUCGCCGUCCCUAUCGCCUGGUCCUUCACUGGGCCAUGAGGAAUCACUGAAGGCGCUCGAAGGACUGACAGCCGAACCGGUUACAGUCGCUCCUCCGAUGGUUGUCGUGGAGCCGGCGAUCGAAGAGCCGCCGCUGAAGCAUAAUGCCCCUGCUGAGACUGAUACCAAGACACCAGGAACCUCGGACGUCGCCGUGGUGUCGCCUGAUCCUCAAGGUGCAGAGCUUAUUGAGGCUCUUCGGCGGGUGUCUGUUGACUCGGCGUCGUCUUACGGUUCGGAAGCAUUUUCUGAGAACACAGCCAGCUCCCGAUCGAGCUCACCGCAGACCGAGCACGUGGCCCCCAAAUCACUUGAAUCAUCAAAUUCCGGGGUCCUCAACCUUGGGGAGCCUGAUGUGCCAGCACCACUAAGGCCAAAGAUUCCAGAGCUUUCGCCCGAUUCGCCAACGGAUCCAUUCUUCCAGCAAGGCCGUCUGUCCCCGAUUCCAGACCUUCCCAACCGUGCAUCUGACUCGACGGACUCACUGUUCUCGAUCUCCGUGGGUCUACAGACAAGUCCUAAGUCAACACUUGAACCUCAAGUAUCACUGAGCAGCAGUACCAAGUCCAUGGUCCCCAACAAAGGUGUUUGUCGCGGCUGUUCACAGCUAAUACUCGCGGGACAAAAGUCAGUGUCGAGCGCAGACGGUCGGUUGACUGGCCGGUACCACAAGGAGUGCUUUGUGUGCCGAGCGUGCAAAAUCGCCUUUCCCACUGCUGAAUUCUACGUUCAUGAUGACCACCCCUACUGUGCUUACCACUAUCACGAGCGAGAGAAUUCUCUUUGUGCUACGUGUGGCAAAGGGAUCGAAGGCCUGUACAUGGAAACCACCAACGUGGCGGGGCGCGGAAAAGAGAAGCAUCAUCCGGAAUGCUUAAAGUGCACAACCUGCAGGGUUCGACUGGACCACGACUAUUUUGAACUGUCUGGGAAAGUGUACUGCGAACGAGAUGCGUUUCGGCUCGCAACUUUACCAAGAUCCCACGACAAUGCCCCUAGCCGCCCAAGCCCAUUGGUACGAGAAUAUAUCUCCAGUGGAGACCCCGGACUCGUGAAGGGCAGGAAUUUCCCUGAGCGUAGAACGACCAGAUUAAUGACGACGACCUAAUUUCACGACCACGAUAGAUGCAACGCUUGAGGCCGGAUUUCCAACCCCAGCAAAGCAUGGGACUUUCAUCCUCUUGAAGCUGGCCUAGAUGAGAACUGGAUGCCAACAGCUUCGGCUUUGCACGACGGCGACCUUUCCAGUUUGUGGUGCAGCGGGCUUCAGUCCGCCGCAAUUCUUCCCCCUCCCAACAUUAAAUAUGUAUACUCAAGACUUUGUGCCGGCCACAUGGUGAGACCAUCCCCUGCCGAAGCAUGGGGUUUGGGUGUGCGAUCAGAAGAAUAUAUUAGAUAUAUAUCGAUAAUGUGUAUGCUAGUGCAACACCUCAACCGAACGUUUCCAGUUGUUGUUCAUCAUUGGCCAUUA